AUGAAUGACCAGGUUCGCCAGUUGACUAGCAUGGGAAUAAGUGCUGUUAUCUGUGGUCCUGAUAUCAGUGCAGAAGAAAAGAAAGGGUUGGAGGAUGGGAUGUACACCAUCAUUUUCUUCUCCCCUGAGAUUCUGGAUAACAUCGAUAGGGGUUAUGAGUUCAGACCAGCAUUCAACAGAAUUGUUGAGCUGAGAAGUUUUUUCACCAAUGUGCCAGUGCUACUUCUAUCUGCAACAUGCACCAAGACAGUGCGGCUAGCUUUGAUCCAGAAGCUGCAACUCCAACCAGAUAUUCAAGUUGAAUUGGAGGUUCCAGACAGUGGAAUCACUCAGAUGGCAAGACUUGCCUUGGACAUUGCCGCACACCUUAAGGAUGCAGCUGAUGGCGCCAAGGUGUUUAAACUGUACCAUUCUGGAAUGUGUAACAGUGACCUUAAGUCAAUCUUGGAAGAGUUCACCCAACCAGAUUCUUGCACAAGAUUUCUAAUAUCUACAAUUGCAUUUGGAAUUGGCAUAAACAUUCCAGAUAUAAGAUUUAUUAUACACUGGGGGGCACCAAAAACAUUAGAAGAUUAUUGGCAGGAGGUCGGAAGGGCCGGUCGUGAUGGAAAGGCAGCACAGGCCAAAAUGUAUGCUACCAAAGUAUCCCUGCUGAACUGUUCAGAGGAAAUGAAGACACUUGUCAAGAGUGAGUAA